GUCUAAAGGGGGCUGGAGUUGGUUAUUUCUCUUCCUGGGUCAGUGAAACUCUGGGUAAUGAGGUAUCGCUUAGGGCAGGUCCUUUUAAGAAAACAGUGCUCUGGUGUGUUUCACACGAUUUUUCCCCCUCCCCUUUUCCUUUUUUUUCUCUGAUAUUUACUGUGGGAAUCUGGCCAAGGCCCUGGAGUCCGACCUCACGACACUUCAGGGACACACCUGUGAGUAGGUGUGUUGCCUGUACUGCCCAGUUCAGGUUUCCUCCCCCUUCAGCUCGUGGGUCUGCUCCUGCAAGCCGGGCUCUGUGUCAGCCUGUCUGCCUCUCAGCCUUGGGGACACAACUUUCCCUCUGCCCUUCGCUCUCUCGAGGAUCAAGAAUGGUGCAGAGGCCUUCUGGUUUGAGUUCUGCACGUAAGGGCCUAGGAGGUAACCACUUCCACCCAAAAGCAAGACAAAGCUGAACAGAGUGAAAAAGCAAACGAUAUGGGUAGCUGGCGUGAGCUCACCUGCUCUUAUGCAGGUGUUUUUUGGCAAGCCUGUGGUGAAGUUGGUGGGACUGACGUCUGAUCUGUGCGGCCGGAGGACUUGCGUCCAGCCAUGGCAAAGCGGUGGAAGCAAAUGUGUCGUUUUCCUCUCAUGACCCUGUGGAACUUUGGGACGGGCAGGAGGAGCAUCGAGGGCCGUGUCCGGGAGGAAGCCCAGCACCUGGUGCGGGUCCUCACACAGACAGAGGGUGGGUUUGCAUCUGGUGGGAAGUUAGGGUUACCUCCCUAUGCUUCCCUGAGCCCCGGCACCACCCUGCUGGAACCAUCUUCCCUCAUUUUUAUUUGGAAAGUGUAGACCACUCAUGAAAGUUUUCCUUGAGUUUGGUAAUCGUCCCUCCUACCAGCUGAGCCCAUGGACCCUGCUGCAUCCUGGCUGGCUCUCCCUGCAACACAAUCUGCUUCAUCCUCUUUAAGGAGCACGUCAACUAUCAAGACGAGGAGUUCCUGAAUCGGACUGGGUUGUUGAAUGAAAACGUUUCCAUAGUAAGCUCUUUCUGGGCCCAGGUAAAGCCAAUUGUCUCUGCUUGUUGGAUUACCUGCCACUGGUGCCAGGGGUGAACCUGCGUGCAGAGUCCCACCGUGGGCAACAGGGAAGCAGCGGCCCAGGGUGCACCUGAGAUGAUGGAGGGCAGCUGUGGAAAAGUGAUAGGGCCACUUACGUAACAUAGCUGAAAGCCCGUUGGAGAGGCAGUCAGGCUGCCCUCUGCCAACACAUCUCUUCUGACGUGCCCGCGGAGGCUGCAGCCCACCCGGGGUCCUGCAGCCAGAAAUGGGAAGGGGCUGCAGAGGGUAGGAUCCCCCUUAACAGAGAUGCUUCAAUGCCUCACAACCUGUCUUCGCUUUUGAGUCCUGGAGGCGGAAGGAAGGGUGUGGCUUUUCCCUACAAUUUGUGGCCAUUGCUCAGUCACUAUCUUCCUGGGAGACACCAGAAUAUUUUUAAAACACUCAGAAUAUAAGAAAUUUCAUUUUGGAGAGAGUAGUACAGCAUCAAGGGGCUCUGGAGUCUGAGCGGCCCUGGGACUACGUCGACCGCUUCCUCAACAUUUUGGAGGAGGUGUGUGUGGCAGACCCCCCGUGCUGCAUGGGCGGCUGCGUGGCCCUCAUUGCAUAGAUGUUGCCUGGGCUCCGUGCACGCAGGUCCAGGUCUGAUGCCCCCUGUCUGGAAGACCCCAGGCCUCCAUGGUGUGUUUCCCCACCGCUGGGCUGACAUGUGGAGCGCGUACCUUUCCCUCAUUAACUGCCUGAUGGUUCAGUGUUUACUCAGCACUUGCUAGGCAAAGUGACCUGACUGAGACCAUCCCUCCUGCCCCCCCCAGGAGCCCAUGGACCAUCACAGAACUGCAGGGAAAUCUACAGGGAAACCGACCCAUAUUCUGAAUUUAAUGUUGAGAACCUAGCAGCUGUUGGCUCUAACCUGUUCAGUGCUGGACAGGAGACGGUCAGCAGCACACUGUGGCUGGCCCUGCCAAUCCGGCUGAAGCACCCAGAGGUGGAAGGUAGAGUCCACAAGGAAAUCGACAGAGUGGUUUCCCCUGCAUGAGCGACAGUGCCCGGAUGCUCUACACAGACGCCGUGGUGCGUGAGGUCCAGAGAUACAUUAAUCUCGUCCCGUCCAAUCUGCCUCAUGCCGUGACUCAGGACACCGAGUUCAGACAGUGCUUCACUCGUAAGCUGUGUGUAGAGAGCCUCACACAAGAGAAUCCAGGACCUAGGAGCAAGUCACCGCAGUCCUGUCAUGACUCUGGUCCAUUGGCCCUCUCUCCCAGCUGUCCUCCCACAGUCCUCGGUGCGUUUCCAAGAGCAGCAGAACAUGCAGAAUUCAUCUCUGGGGUUGGUGUCGUUUGAGGAUGUGGCUGUGAACUUCACCUGGGAGGAGUGGCAGGACCUGGAUGAUGCCCAGCGGACCCUGUACAGGGUCGUGAUGCUGGAGACCUACAGUAGCCUGGUGUCACUGGGGCACUGCAUUACCAAACCUGAGGUGAUCGUCAAGUUGGAGCAAGGAGCAGAGCCAUGGACAGUAGAGGAACCCCUAGAGCAGAGCCUCCCAGAUGUCCAGACUGCAGGUGACCUGAUGGAGACUGGCCAGGAGUAUCAGAGCAGACUUUUGUGGCAAGUUGGAUUGGCCAACUAUGAAACGUCAACGAAGGAGAGAACCAGUUUGGGAAAAACACUUAAUUUGAGUGCAGCCGAUGUUUCAAAACUGAUUGUAAAUAACGGAAGCUACUCAGGAGUGAAGGCAGAGUUGUUUAAUGUGUGCCAGAACACGUUUCUCCCUGGUGAGCCUGGUGGGAUGCGUGUUGGAGAGAAUGCCAAGGAAUGUCAUACAACUGGGAGCCCCCUCAGGUGUGCCGAGUGUCCUAGUUGUCAUCCGAGGAAUCAGACUUUGCAGCAGCCUCUUGAAUUUAGUGGGCAAGGGAAAGACUUCAACAAGGGGGCAACACUCUGUACCUAUAGGAGAGCUCACAUGGGAGAGACUGCCUGUAGGUAUAAUGAACAUCAGGAAGCCUGUGGUAUGUCAGCUGUCACUGCCCAAGAGAGAACUCACAUAGGGGAGAAUCACUGUGGAUGUAACAAAUGGAGGAACACUUUUUGUGAGAAACCAACACAGUUGCAUCUUGGUCUAGCCGAUUUCGAGGAGCAACGCCAUAAACAUGAUCAAAGCGGGGCUAAUUUCAGCAAGAAAUCACACCUCGCUCAGCUUUCGAGAACUCUGUUAGAAGAGAAAACUUUUGAAUGUGAUGUAUGUGCUAAAACUUUCUACAAGAGGUCUAAUCUCAGUAAACAUCGGAAAAUACACACAGGAGAGAAACCCUAUAAAUGUAGCGAGUGUGAGAAGACCUUCAGUAGUAAAACAGUUCUUACAGUACAUCGGAGAACUCAUACAGGGGAGAAGCCCUAUGCAUGUGUCGAAUGUGAGAAAUCUUUCUGCCAUAAGUCACACCUGACUGUUCAUCAGAGAAUCCACACAGGGGAAAAACCGUAUGAAUGUUAUGAAUGUGGGAAAUCCUUCCCUGUGAAAACAAAACUCACCGUACAUCUGAGAACACACACAGGGGAGAAGCCCUAUGAAUGUAAUGAAUGUAGGAAAUCCUUUUACCAGAAGUCAGCCCUCACCAUACAUCAGAAGAUUCACAAUAGGGAGACACAUCAUGAAUGCAACGACUGUGGUAAGACAUUCCAUAAGAAGUCAGUUCUCAUUGCACAUCAGAGAACUCAUACAGGAGAGAGACCUUAUGAAUGUAAACAAUGUGGGAAAUGCUUUGGCCAUCGCCCAGCUCUCACUGUACAUCAGAGAACUCACACAAGAGACAAACCUUAUAAAUGUAACGAAUGUGGGAAAUCCUUUUGUGUGAAGCCAAAACUCACUGUGCAUCUGAGAGUUCACACAGGUGAGAAGCCCUUUGAAUGUAAGGAGUGUGGGAAAACUUUCUACCAGAAGUCAAAACUCACUGUACACCAGAGAACUCACACUGGUGAGAAACCUUAUGAAUGUAAUGAAUGUCGGAAAACCUUUUGUGAGAAGUCAACCCUCAAUAGGCAUCAGAGAACUCACAGGGGAGAGAAACCUUAUGGAUGUAAAGAAUGUAGGAAAACUUUCUACCAGAAAUCAGCCCUCACUGUUCAUCAGAGAACUCACACAGGAGAAAAACCCUAUGAAUGUAAUGAUUGUGGAAAAACCUUCUGUCAGAAAUCACACCUCAGCAAACAUUUGAGAACUCACACGGGGGAGAAGUCAUGUGUGGCAGAGACUGGCUGUAUGUAUACCAAAACUCACUUUCUCUUUAUGUUGGGCACACAGUUAGCCUACAUUUCUCAGCCUCCCUUUGUUGUGGGUGGGACCAUGUAACUGAGUUCUGGCCAAGAGAAUAUGAACACACAUGAUGAACAGUACUUCUAAGCCUGGCCACAAAAAAACCAAAAACCAAAAAAACAACAUGCAUUUGCUGAGUUUUUUUAUUCCCUGUGCUCCUGAAGUGCAGAUGACACACAGGUUUGUCUCCAAAGCAAUAGAGUGAAGAUUGCAACCAUGACCUCAGGCAGAAAGAAUUGAUUGUGGAGGGCAGAAAUCUUUCCAUCUCUACCUCAGAAAUCCUCACUUGAACUUUACCUGAGUGAGAACCCUUCUAUGUGUGACAGCACUACCAGUCCAUUGUAGCCAGUUCACUUUAUGAAUUUGUGAAUUUGUGGCAGGCUUCUGUUGAAGUUACCAGUCCUUGUGUAGGAAACUCACAGAGGAAAGAACCUGUGUUUUCAUCUUUCAACCCUAAGUCAGAAAUCAUAGGAAGAAAUAAUGCAGUAAAUGUAGGAAUACCUUUAUUGAUCAGAGAUAGCUCAUUGAACAGUGAGAAUAAAGUAAAACCUGAUAAAUA